AUGGCACCGUACGAAACUCUUUCUGGCCAGAGGUGUAGGUCUCCGAUUUGUUGGGAUGAAGUAGGUGAACGAAAGAUUUUUGACCCAACUGUAGUGCAUUGGAUUGAAGAGGCGAGAGAAAAAGUGAAAUUAAUACGCCAGAGAAUUCAAGCCGCACAGAGUCGUCAGAAGAGCUAUGCAGACAAUCGAAGGAAGGAUUUAGAAUUUGCAGUUGGAGAUCAAGUUUUCCUUAAGAUCACUCCUCUGAAAAUGAGUCUGAUGACAGGAAAAGGAAAGAAGUUGCAACCUAAAUUCGUAGGGUCUUAUAAGAUUCUUCAACGUGUAGGAAAUGUGGCUUAUAAGUUAGAAUUGCCACCAAAUUCAUCUCGGAUCCAUAACGUUUUUCACGUAUCCAUGCUCAAGAAAUAUCAUCCAGAUCCGUCUCAUGUCCUGCAACCGGAAAAUGUUGAGAUCGAUGAGGCACUGACCUAUGAGGAGAAACCAAUAAAGCUUCUAGAUUGUAAGGUGAAAGAACUGAGGAAUAAGCGAAUCCCAUUGGUGAAAGUUCUAAGGAGAAACCACGGACUAGAGGAAGCAAGUUGGGAAGUAGAAGAAGAAAUUCGAGAAAAAAUCCAGAUCUAUUUCCAGAUCAAGGUAUGA